AUGACGACAAGCUGGCUUGAAAUUCCUUUGGGAUCACACUUCUCCCUGGCAAAUAUUCCCUUUGGUAUUAUCACAACCCCCGCCUCAACCGAUCCCCACGCUGGUGUAGCUAUUGGAGACCACGUUCUUGAUCUACAUAACUUCGCGGUGAACAGUGGCUUCGCAGGUCUUGAGAACUUUACCCCAGCCCACGAAAGGCUUUUCUCGCAGUCGACAUUGAAUGAUUUUGCCGCCACUGGGCAAGCUUUCCAUCGCUUUAUUCGAGGAUAUCUUCAAAAUGUGUUCGCACUUGACACGACCGUUCCUCAAGUACUCAAAGACAACAAUACCACAAGGGAAGCUGCACUGUUCCACAAGAAUGAUGUGAAGGUCCAUCUUCCCAUGAAGAUUGAGGGAUACACAGACUUCUUUGCUGGAAGGAAUCACGCAUAUAAUUGCGGCUGUAUCUUCCGCGAUCCCCAAAAGGCGCUCCAACCAAACUAUCUCCACCUCCCCGUCGGCUAUAGCUCCAGGGCUUCCUCUGUUGUGGUAUCCGGCACACCAAUCAGACGCCCCCUAGGCCAAUAUUUGGCAAACAAGGGGGAUACAGCCUCCCAGUUUGGGCCAUGCAGAAGACUCGACAUUGAGCUCGAACUGGGAGCGCUCUUGUGCAAAUCCAACAAAAUGGGAGAGCCAAUCCCAGUCGACCAAGCCGAAGAACACAUUUUCGGCUUCGUAAUCUUGAAUGACUGGUCUGCCAGAGAUAUCCAGGCCUGGGAAGCCGUGCCUUUGGGCCCAUUCAAUGCGAAGAAUUUCGCGUCAAGCAUUAGCCCCUGGGUCAUCUUGAAAGAUGCCAUUGAGGGAUUCCACGCCGAAGGAAUUCCCAACGAGGCUGAGCUACACCCUUAUCUGCAAGAGACACGCCGAGAUAACGUGUAUGACAUCAAUUUGGAAGUAGAAAUCAAGACUGCCGAUGGGAAGGUCGCGACUCUUACGCGCACCAAUGGCAAGAACCUUGUUUUCUCUUUUGCGCAAAUGCUGGCACAUCACACAAUUGGUGGUUGCCCGAUGCAAGUAGGUGAUCUUAUUGGAUCGGGAACCAUCAGUGGCACUGAGCCUGGGAGUCUGGGUUCAUUGCUUGAGGCCUCCGCUGGGGGGACUCGAAGCUUUGAGUUGGAAAAUGGGAUCCAGAGAACAUUCUUAGAGGAUGGAGAUAGUAUCAGCAUUCGCGCUUGGUGUGGCAAGGAUGGGUCUCCCCUGGUGGGCUUUGGAGAGUGUGAAGGACUGAUCAAGCCCGCCCUAACGCUAUAG